GAGGCGGAACAGCACGACCCCCAUGGUCUUGCUUUAGACCCCUUACAAAUACCGUUCUUCUCCCUAAAGACAAUUACUAAGCGAUCGCGAAAGGGGUAUUUAUAGAGCUGUAUCGAUUUCUUUAGUUUAAAAAUCAUCCGAGAUAAAAUAAACCAUAAAAACAGGAAAGAGGGUGAACGAAAGUAAAGAGACGGAAAAUACGACGUUAAUCGAGGAAUUUAAUUCAAUCUAGCGUGGCACAGUUUCUCCUUGACUGACAGUUGAGGGACCGGAGAGAGGACCCCGCCAACAGCUUACACGCAGGUUUGGGGAAGAGUCACUGCUGAGAGCAUGGAGCCUGCCCAAUCAGAGAUGAGCAUCCUCUCCAAUGGGAAGGGGCACGACCUUGGAGAUGACAUCAGCAUGCCUAUGAAGUCUCUGCCAGAGGAGGACCAAUUUGAGGAUGGCGAUGGGAAUUUGGCAGAAAGCGAAGAGUUCCUGCCCAACUCCGAGGGCAAGAAGCCAAUGCGCUUCACUGAUUUUGAAGGGAAGACCUCUUUUGGAAUGUCCGUGUUCAACCUGGGGAAUGCGAUCAUGGGAAGUGGAAUCCUGGGAUUGGCAUAUGCCAUGGCCAACACUGGCAUCCUGCUUUUCUUGUUCCUCCUCUCUGCAGUGGCUGCCCUCUCCUCUUACUCCAUUCAUCUGCUGCUCAAAUCCUCUGGCAUUGUGGGCAUCCGGGCCUAUGAGCAGCUGGGUUAUAGGGCCUUCGGCACACCUGGGAAGAUGGCCGCUGGGAUUGCCAUCACUCUGCAGAACAUUGGAGCCAUGUCUAGCUACCUGUACAUCGUGAAGUCUGAGCUACCUCUGGUCAUUCAGGCCUUCCUGAAAGCAGACACUGGGACAACUGAGUGGUACCUAAAUGGAAACUACCUGGUGGUUUUGGUCUCGCUCAGUGUCAUCCUGCCCCUGGCCCUGAUGAAACAGCUGGGUUACUUGGGCUACACCAGUGGCUUCUCCCUCAGCUGCAUGGUAUUCUUUCUCAUUGCAGUCAUAUACAAAAAGUUCCAGGUUAUGUGCCCCUUCGAAGAGUAUUCCUUCAACAGCACAUCGGUUCACCUCAAUUCCACUAGUGCGGGCUACCACAACGGCCACAUCCCUGCAGAGGAUGAAUAUGAAUGUGCUCCUCGCAUGUUCACCAUCAACUCCCAGACUGCCUACACCAUACCUAUUCUGGCCUUCGCUUUUGUGUGCCACCCUGAGGUCCUGCCCAUUUACACUGAACUGCGCAACCCCACCAAGAGGAAGAUGCAGCAUGUCUCCAACAUCUCCAUUUUGAUCAUGUACACCAUGUACUUCCUGGCUGCUCUUUUUGGCUACCUGACAUUUUAUGGUAGAGUAGAGGCGGAGCUCCUGCACACCUACAGCCAGAUCGACCCGUAUGAUACACUGAUCCUGUGUGUCCGUGUCGCUGUUCUCACCGCCGUCACGCUCACCGUCCCCAUCGUGCUCUUCCCAGUCCGUCGGGCAAUCCUGCAAAUGCUUUUCCCCAACAAGACCUUCAGCUGGCUGCGUCAUGUCGGCAUCGCCCUCACCCUGCUCACCUUCAUCAACAUGCUGGUCAUCUUCGCCCCCAAUAUCCUUGGCAUCUUUGGGAUCAUCGGUGCCACAUCUGCCCCUUGCCUCAUCUUCAUCUUCCCUGCCGUCUUCUACAUCCGUAUUGUGCCCAAGGACGAGGAGCCCAUGCGCUCUACACCCAAGAUCCUGGCUGCCUGCUUCGCUGGCCUUGGGGUGUUGUUUAUGAUAAUGAGUCUGAGCUUCAUCAUCAUCGAUUGGACAACGGGGACCAGCAAGGCCGGCAGUGGACACUAGGCUCUGCUUUUGUGUGUGGGGGCAUUUUUGAGUGGUUCUUCUUUUUUUUUUAUUUAGGGUAAUUUGUUGAGGAUGCACCAUUUCUUUUAACUGAAAGCCUGACUAAAGCCAGGGCAGGAGGUGGAGGCUGUGAGCCUGCCUGGACCAAGGCCCAGGUGCAGGCAAGCAGAAGGGUCCACAGCCCGUCCAUGUCUACAGACCAUGCCUGCGUAUUUCAGACCUCCACACUGCAGCUCAGUAAAAACAAAAACAAAAAAUCGGCUGUUCGUUCAAAACAUGGAGUUUAUGAGUUGAGUUAUGAGGAGUGUUUUGCUUAUUUUUGUCUCUUUUUACUGGAAGAAUAAGAGUUAGUUUGUACCCCUUGUAAAAGUCCCCCAGAAGGCAAAUUUAUUUUUACAUCAUAACCAUAUAUCACGAUAACCACAGAUAUCACACAGAAUAAUUUCAGCAGCACAUAUAGGUUAUAGGUUAUUCAAGCACUGUGUCACAGGAUCAUGGGACCCGGGAGUGCAGAGAUAUAUGUUCACGUGCUGCUUGAAUGUGGCACAGUCACUGCCAAAACCUUUCCAG